AUGAGACAAGUGGCAACAACAGGAGAGGCCUAUGUUGGAAGACGACGUGACCAACUGGAUGAUAGUGCUAUGAUUAAUAAAAAAAAUUGGUUAGUGAGCAAUGGCUUUUAUUAUUAUAACAACACCAACAAUGAGGCGCCUGAAGAGAUCCAUAGACAAUUAGGAUCCUUUAUCAAAGCCGUUAAAAUGGGUGGCAACACCUUAUGGAAAUACAACCUGUCUUAUAAAUAA